AUGAAUAUCAUCUGCAAUACUGUGCAGAACUGUAAUGAAGUCAUAGACUUGAUAGGACAGGUAGUUAUUUUGCUUUGCUUACUCGUUGGCAGUAGCUUGUUCCAGCUAACGCAUUUGGAAAGACAAGGGCAUCGACGUGCUUGCUUUUCCUUUGCACAGCUUGGUGGGCAGUGUGGAAGGCACUGUGGAUGCUAUGUAACUAUGUUGUACAUUGGCAUUAAGAUAUUAUAUUCCGCAAACGUGUUAUUACAAUUUUUUUUACUGAAUCAUCUGUUGGAUGCGGAUGAUUUGGCUUAUGGUUUUUCAUUACUGCGUGACUUGGUGCAUGAAGUUGAAUGGGAACAAACGGGCAUGUUCCCACGAGUAACGCUGUGCGAUUUUGAGGGAUUCUGCUGA